CCCUAUGAUGAAAGACCAGUUUUUUUAUUUAUUUUUUUUUAUUUAAAUAGCGUUUCUAGGGCCACAUUACCCAGUCUGUCCUUUUGUUAAGACAGUAAGGUUUAGCUUGAGGAAGAUUCUGCUGCUGUUUCUAACAGUGCAAGUCACCUUGUAGAUCGUCUGCACCUCUCCACUAAAGUGUAAACACUCAAGAAACAUUGCAAAAUAAACAUUAAACAGAUUCUAUAAAAUACACAAGAAAGAAAUCGCUGGAAACAAAGAAAGAAAUCGCUGGAAACAGAGAAAGUAACGAAGAGAAACCACCUGAUCAAUGUCUGGAAAUGUUUGCUAAACAACGGUGUAAUGGUUAUGAUUUAACUAUAAAUACAUAAAGUUUCACCUCACCUUAGCUGCGAUGGUUAAAAACCCGGUGUGACGUUACAAAAGCGGAAGGUGUUUUUCUUUCUCUCGCUACAGCCAAAUGAUUGACGUCUGAAGAAUUCAAGAUCAAGAAUCCAGGAACUAUUAAGAAUGGCAACUUCUACAGAAACAUUCGAGUUUAAUGCUUACAGAGUAGAACUAAACAAGGAAAAGCUUACCAAAGAUCUUGAUGAUGUUGAGAUGAAUAAUUUAGUUGAUCACCUGAUUUCCAAAGGGAUAUUAUAUCGUGAAUUUGAAAAACCUGGGGAGAAAUUCAAGAAAAAAGUAAUUGAUAUCAUUUUGAGGAAAAUUAAAGAAGAUGACAGAGGUGAAAAAACAAAAACAUAUGUCGUGCUUCAAGAGUUCCUUCAGAAAAAUGAUAGAACAAAACACAUUAGUGUUUAUUUGGAAAAGUCACCAGGUAUAGACCCAGUGAUUGCCAAUUGUUUCACAGCAGCCAAAAAGAUCUCCCUCGAUGGUGAUUUAUUGCAAAAGAUUUUGGUAACUAUUUCUGGUAAUUGGAAGGGAGUUCUGGAAGCACUUGAUAUUAAGGACCAAGACUAUGAUAAGAAUCUUGCUUUUAAAAUGUGGUUCAAUAGUAAAGGCUACAAAGACGGUGAGCUGCUGACUCUCUUGAAGGCACUUUAUCAUUCAAAGGAUUGUUCUGUUGAUUGGAAGUUAAUGGAAUCUCACUUAAUAAAACAUCUCCGCUAGCUGGUUAAUCCCUUCUUGGUGUUAAAAAAUCGCAGUAAAGUUCAUUCAAAUGGAACAGCCAUUUUGAAGUAGUUACAAACAUUACUUACUAGACCCGAUAAGCCAAAUGAGACCAUAACAUUCAGAGCAGCAGCUUUUCGCUUAUUUUAGCUGUUAAUAAGGUAACUGAGGAGGUACAGAUUAAAAUUAAAAACAAGUAAUAAUAAUACUAUGUAAGCUAAUUGAUGACUGUCAAGUUAAUUAAUUAAUUAAUCAAAUAAUUAAUUCAUUCAUUCAAGUAUGCAUGUGUAGUGGAUUCGAUCCACCACAGUCAAAUUUAAAUUAACACGGCAACAGAACUUUUCCCACGGUGGAACAAUGGUUUUUCUCUGACAGCAGUUUUACAUUUUCCAGAUGCCUUCAGCUAGGCCCGAAAUAAUGUCUUCACCACUUGACCCUUUCUAACCUCUUCUACAACCAAAACAACCAAAAGAUAGAAUAUAAACAACCAAAAGAUAGAAUAGAGAUAACAAGACCACCAACUAAAUCUAUUGUUCUCAAUGAUAUAUCUAUCCUUCUGGAUACUUAUAAAAAUAAACACACCCCAAGUUGGUGACGACUCAACCAAGUAGUCACUUUGGUGACGAUGAAGUCUGGCUGACCAGCUAGAACCUUGGUCAGAGGGAGAAAUGAAGUUUACUCUCAGCAACUGUGAGACAACACCAUACAAUUCCAUCAAGCUUUAAUUCUGUUCUCUUACAACAUCAUUCUAUCGCUAUCUGUGGAUUACUAGUAACUAUUCGUAUAUGCCGAACUAUGUAAAGAAACAUUCUACUGCAUCUAACUUUCUUUCGUAUGCUUUUGAAUUUAUCAUAACCUGUCCGUUGAGGCAAGGUAUUGUAACGUAACGGUAAAUAAAUGUUUCCUUAAAACUUCA